UAGUAUGAGGAAAUUGAGGCAUGCUCAUGUAAUAGACAAGCCUAAGAUAAAUUAUCACAAAAGCUGAGGAACCUGUAAAUAAUGGUCAUGUUUUCCCUCAAGAUAGAAAGACCAGCCUGUCUUCCUGGACCAUUCCUGGGAUUCCAUCUCUCACGAAGUUUUGUGCCUUAAGUGAGAUAGGGAUUCGAGAAAGCUCAAUAGAACCAGAUUUAUUUAUUCAUUAUUUCCUCAUUGCCUUUCCCAUGCUUCAUUACUAAGUGCUAGGAAAUACAAAGAUAAAGAAGACUCACUUUCCAAAUUCAUAAUUGUUUAAUCACAUGAGUGUCUAUUGGUGACCAUUUCCACUGGUAUCUAGUGCUUAUUUGCAAUAUUUUUUUUUUCACUCUGUUAAACAAAUAUAUAUUUAGUGCUCUCCAAGUGCUUAGUGAAAACAAUUACAAAUGGAUAAGACAUACCUCCCCAGCCUCAAAAAUAUACCUGAAAUCAGAUAGUAGCUCUAACACAAAACAUUUAUAAAUAUGAUCUCAUUAUCUUAUACAACCUUUCAUUGUGACCUGCCAGAAAUAUAUCAAGCUUUGACUUUUAUACCUGAAGAAUAUCUCCAACUUAGUUAUACACAAAUUGCUUUGGAAAGUUAGCAUAGGUGAUAUAAAUUACCUUUUUUCUUUUCUUUUAGGAAAGUCUUAAAAGACAUCGAUACUUGAAUUCUUUAUUUCCUAGUGAAAAUUCCACUGCCGUCUAUGGGAUAAAUCAGUUUUCAUAUUUGUUUCCUGAAGAGUUUAAAGCUAUCUAUUUAAGGAGCAAAACUUCCAGAUUUCCCCGAUACUCCUCGAAAAUGCCAUUGCCCAUCUCCAACAUGUCUUUGCCAUUAAGAUUUGACUGGAGAGACAAGCAUGUUGUAACACAAGUGAGAAACCAGAAGGCGUGUGGAGGAUGCUGGGCCUUCAGUGUGGUAGGCGCAGUGGAAUCAGCAUAUGCAAUAAAAGGGGCGCCUUUGGAAGACCUAAGUGUCCAGCAGGUCAUUGAUUGCUCAUAUAAUAAUUAUGGCUGCAAUGGAGGAUCUACUCUCAGUGCUUUGAACUGGCUAAAUAAGAUGCAAGUAAAACUGGUGAGAGAUUCAGAAUAUCCAUUUAAAGAACAGAAUGGCCUGUGCCGAUACUUUGCUGAUUCACAUUCUGGAUUUUCAAUCAAAGGUUAUUCUUCACAUGACUUCAGUGACCAAGAAGACGAAAUGGCAAAAACACUUCUUACCUUUGGUCCUUUGGUAGGGAUAGUGGAUGCAGUGAGCUGGCAAGACUAUCUGGGAGGGAUAAUACAGCAUCAUUGCUCUAGUGGAGAAGCAGAUCAUGCAGUUAUCAUAACUGGGUUUGAUAAGACAGGAAGUACUCCAUAUUGGAUUGUGCGGAACUCAUGGGGAAGUUCUUGGGGAGUAGAUGGCUAUGCCCAUGUGAAAAUGGGAGGUAAUAUUUGCGGUAUUGCAGAUUUUGUUUCUGCCGUAUUUGUAUGAUUAAUUGAUAGGAUCAAGAGACGACUACAAAAAUGAAGAUUCAUAAAGAAAUGGAGCACGGUACUUCACUCUCAGCAUUAUUCGCCUUCAGGUUUUAGUAACUACCCACAGAAGGUUCUAGGACCUAGUAGCAUCUAAACUAAGUUGUGGCAUGUUCCCUUCUUCUAAAGAGAUGGGCAACCAUAGUCAGUAUGAAGAACACCAGCACCAUGGCCUGGGAAACAGUGUCCUACUCUGCAAUGAAUGUCAGAUUAAGAUGCUUUAGGUCUCUUCACUUUGAAGAGGCUAUUAUCUGGUUUUGUUUGAUGUUGUUUUUUUAUAUGUUUACCCUUAAUGUCAUUAAAGAGGUGAUAAGAAUUUCUUUUCCUUGUGGGAUAUAAUCACUGCCUUAGCUUACCCUUAUAUACAAGAAUAGCUAACCUAACAUUUGUGUGCCUCUCAUAAUUAUACUCUCAGCCCUCUGAGAUGGAAUUUUAUAAGAAUUUUUAAAUACAGUAGCUUUACCUCAACAAAUAGUACUUACCCCUUGAACUGCAGAGAGAUUAUGGAGUAAGAAACAAAGAGACAAGAUAGUUUUUUAGGAGAUUGAAAUUAAAUGACAAUAAAUUAUUUGGCAAGUAUGUGAUGAGAAAACCUCAAGCAACGUUGCCUGAGAGACAAAUUAUUAUUUGGAAAUUUUCAUUGUCAGUAGGAUUCACUUCCUUACUUUAUCUCUCUAGAUGAAAGGAACAUGUUUCCUCCACACUUUCCCACCCUCUUUCUCUUACUCUUUA